CAUUUGCUGCUCGUCCCUCCACCGACGGCAAGACGCACGCAACAGUCUUGGGUCUUGGGGGUGCUGGGUACAUCCAACAAUCGGUGGCUCGCCUCUCCUCUCCCGCUACCCACGGUACCUUGCCAUCCUGGCCACUUCCUCUCAUCCGUGCUGCCGGUCCGGUUUGCUUUCUCUCACUCACUCAUACACACACACACACACACACACACACAACUCACUCUUCCUCUCUCUCUUUCUCUCUCUCCCUCUUCCCCCUCACUCUCUCCAGACUCCCCUGAAGCUGUGCCUUUUUUCGGGCAGAUCUCCGUCUCUUUCGGAACCUAACAAAACCUCGUCAAACUUUACAUUGGCGCCCAGAGCCCAGCCACGGACGUACGACACCCACGUCGUCACAAGCUUCCACGGCCCCGACACGCCCGACCGGUACCUGUACACUCGCAAGAACAACAACAUCAACAUCCGCUGACUGUCAACCCCCGGCUGUCAACCCAAACCACAUCAUCCAUCACCACCAUCAUCACCAUAACCUCAUCUCCAUCGUCGACUGUCGCAUAUCGUAUAUCGCCCAUGCGCUGAGCACCCGAAAGACCGAUUUAUUGCGUUCACCCACCGUCCGCCAUCACCCGACAAUGCCCGCAACCUUCGACGACAUUGCGUGAAGGAUGCAUUGUUGACUCCCUACCUACUCAUAUCUCGGCCCCCACAACUAGACUGCGGCGGUAUUACCACAGCGUCAUCGCAUACCCAUUAUCUCCCACCUACUCUUGACGCUUGCUGCACAGCUACACGACGCCCUACCCGGCCCAACCUACUGUCUGCCAUCGCGCUGCAAUCUGCUGGUCGUUGACCCGGGUCGACGCGACCGUUAUUCCUUCCGAGGUCCCCGCCAACCGUUGCCAGCGACUACGUCGAACCAAACACGAGCAGUCGAACCCCUUCCAAGCGCUACAGCCAAGACAAGUUUAUACCGUCGAUAAUCAACAUGGGCAAUUCAAGCACCAAAGAGUCUCGUCCGGUCGACCCGGCGACUGACUAUCGCCAAAGCCAGGCUGCGUACCUCAAUGCCUCGACUUCUAGGGAGACCCCGAGUGAUCGUCCCAACUCCCGAAGGCAGAGUCGUUUUAGCAGGGCUGACCUGAAUCUCCUCGGUCUCGGAGCCGCCGGAUCGUCCAGCGCUGCCGGCCGAGAGGAUGCUCCUUACGAGCGAAGAGAAACGAGGCAAGAACGUGAGGCCCGUCGAUUGGAGAGGGAACGAGUCGCCAGAGAGAAGGAGCGUGAGCGUAGCAUGAAGGAAGAGCAUGUCGAUGGUGGCUACCUCGUUACGCUUGGAACCUACACUGGGACCGAAGACUUCAGUAAACCUGUCGUCCGGCAGCUGCAGAUUGAGAGACGUCUUGCGCCCUUCUGGAGAGGCCUCAACGAUUAUUCCGAUAAUUGGACCGAAUACCAGCUCAUCUGCGCCGGUCGCGGUCUUCCGAUCCCUGCUGCCGACGAACAGCCUCCCCCCGAGUUUAUCCCCCAGGCAAACUCGCCUGCGUCCCCAACCGAGUCAUCGCAGAACCUCGCAAACCUGACAGUUCCGAUCGGCCCGAGGUCUUUGUCUGUGGGCUCAGAUCGCAGCGGCUCCCUGCCUGCCUCCGGCAUAUCAUCGCCCAACGCAGCUCAGCAACAGCAACGUAGCAGUUCGCCGUUCAAGCCCAGAGCGAAAGCCCUGGCCGCCGCCUUGAGCGGCGGUUCGCGCAAUAACUCGUCGGGCGACGUUGCCCCGCGCGAGAUUAAGCUGCCUAACGACCCCUGCGUUAACGGGCAGCCCCUGGAAGUCUUUUUGUACAAGGACGCCACAGAGUGCCCUAUCUGCUUCCUGACAUAUCCGCCUUACCUGAACAGCACUCGGUGUUGCGAUCAGCCCAUUUGCAGUGAAUGUUUCGUCCAGAUCAAACGUGCCGAUCCCCACUACCCUGAGCACCAUGGCGAACCGAGCGAACAACCUCCCAACCCCGCCAACCCGGAAGAGGCCUCGGAGAUGCUCAUUUCCGAACCCGCCCAGUGUCCCUACUGCCAACAGACAGAGUUUGGCGUGACAUACGACGCCCCUCCGUUCCGCCGUGGACUGUCAUACGCUAUUGGAUACCCGUCACAGAAUACGGCCAUGUCAUCGCAGAGCUCUCUGAACUCGACCCUUUCUCCGACUUCGCCCACUCCUGGUAGACGACGUGCUCAGAGCCUGUCGGCAAACGCCCCGAACGUUAUCACCACUGACCGCGUACGUCCGGAUUGGUCAACGAAACUCGCAGCGCAACGGGCACACCAAGCCCGGAGAGCUGCGGCGGCGACCGCAUUGCAUACCGCCGCGUUUCUCAUGGGCAACAACGAGCAACAACGCGGCUUCGCCUUUACCAGACCUGGACGUUUCAGUCGGAGGAACACGGGUAGUCGAACACCUUCCGCGCCGCCCAACAACCAGCCGGAGGAGAGCCCGAGCCGUAAUCCAGAGGGCGAAGCGGUUCCCACUGGGCCUGAGCCUGGACCACGGAGCUCCUCGGGGCGCGGAGCCCCCGCCAACAGGAGAAACAGAAUGGAAGAAUUGGAGGAUAUGAUGUUUAUGGAGGCCGUCCGUUUAUCUCUUGCAGCCGAAGAGGAGCGGAAGCGCAAGCAGGAAAAAGUGGAGCGUAAGGAAGCCAAGAAGCGGGAGAAGGAGGAGCGUAAAGCUGUCAAAAAACAGGAUCGUCAAAGCGUCUACGGUCCUGGGCAAAGUUCUGCCAGCGGAAGCAGUCUCUCUCUUGGUCUUGGACGACGCCGGGGAAACAGUACCACCAGCAACCUACGCGUGGAAGCGACUCUCCAGGGGGCGCAGUCAAGCUCUGCUGGUGUCAGCACCGAGACAUCCCCGGUCGCAGCAACGAGCAGCACAACACCCACCUCGGCGCCUGCUCCAACCCCAACUUCAGCACCGAACUCGAACUCAAAGGGCAAAGCUGUUGAGCGCCCAGCAGUCGAGACGCAGUCUUCCGAAAGCAGCUUCCAGAGCACCUCGUCCACUCCGUCGUUGCCCAUCCCAACAACUGGUCGUGGGCCUUCUCAUCUUAGACAGAUGAGCAAUGCCUCGUCUAUCUCGUCUUCGCUAGCCGAUAGCGCUGCCGGAAGCUACACGAACCAGGCAUACCUCGACCCGCGGGCCAGCGAAUUGAGCGUCGGUAACCGGAGCGAAGAGGGCGAGCGCGACAACACGGAGCCGAUGUUCAAUUUCCGGAGUCUGGCAGAAAUGGUGGGUGUUGAUAUCGAGAACGGCGAAGCCAACCAAGACCAAGAAGGAGUUUCAGGGGAAGGCCAACGGACCGCGACGCGGAAGCGGGACGAAGUUGAGGACGAGCCCGAAGCGGAGCAUAUGGAAGAUGCUCAUGUCGAGCAGCCCGUGCAGAGCAACGUGGGCACCUUGAAACCGCCACCCACUAUCCCCGAGGAACCUGUCGACGGCAAUAGCAGCAAGGACGGUGUUCAGUCUCCUGGUAGCGGGGCGCUGACUCCUGAGGUUACGAUCACGCCGGAGACCCCAGCACCCGCCACGGAAAACUCUGAGACGAAGAGGCUUGGCCACGAGAACGUCGUCGAGAGGUCGUCGGAGGUUACCCAAUGAG